AGACACUCUGGAAGUGCAGCAUGAGGAACUGCAUGCCAUAAGUCACAAAGUCUCGACUUGCCUCUCAAGACAAGACAUUUUUCCAGAUAAAGAAAUGGAAUUAGAAGCUACUUAUCAAAAUGUCGAUGUGAUUUAUCCGAAUCAACCUGCACAAAACAGAAAGAUAAGAAAAGCCCAGAAUCCAACUGGACAGCACCAACACACUGGCCAUGGCAAAGUACGCAGCUUCCACUUCACAAAGCCUGUCCAUGGAAAACGGUUUCCUCCGAUCAUCUAUCUGCUCCAGGCUGUCUCGAUUUUGCUGUCUGUGGUGAUUUUUAUUACGGCAGUUUUACUGUUCUCUGUUUGGUCAACAAAACUGGCAGCUGUUGAGAAUAAAUUCCAAAUGGAAAUUUCUGGCCUCCAGACAAACUUCACUGAGUGGACAUCAAAACUGGUAGCGAUUGAGAGUAAACUCACAGAAGACAUUUCUGGCCUACAAAGAAAUGUCACUGAAUGGUCCACAAAGCUGACAGUGAUUGAGAAUAAAUUCAACAAAGAAAUCUCUGCUCUUCAAAAAAAUGUCAGUGAGUGGCCAACACAAAUGACAACGAUUGAGAGUAAGUUACAACUGGAAAUUUCUGGCCUCCAGCGAAAUGUCACUGAGCAGUCAACACGACUGGCACAGAUUGAGAAUAAAUUUGAAGAAGCAAUCACUGGCCUCCGGAGAAAUGAUUCCAAACAAUUGUGUGCCCCUGGCUGGAAAUACUUUAACAGUAAAUGUUAUUACUUUUCUAAAUCUUUGAAGAACUGGCAUGAAGCUAACUCAAGUUGUAUCUCCAACCAGUCUCACCUCAUAGUCAUUGACACAGCAGAGGAGCAGAAUUUCAUUAUCACCAACAUAAUGCAGCAGCAACACUGGAUAGGACUCAAUGACCUCUCUGUGAAAGGGCAAUGGAAGUGGAUUGAUGAGACUGACAGCAAAACCUCACAAACGUUCUGGGCAAAUGAACAUCUAAAUAACGGACACUGUGUUCAAAUGAGAAGUGAUGGGCGGUGGGAGAAUGCACCUUGUACAAGCAAUAGAAGAUGGAUAUGCGAACAAAUCCCAUUUGCGUGCUUCAGUAACUAAUUAAAAAGAACACGUGACUUUGUUGACGGCGCUGCAGAAGAUGAUAACCAAUCAAAAUUCAAAAAGAGGAAAAAUGAAAGGGAGAAAGAGGAAGGGGAAUUGAGUGGUUGAGAAGGAUGAAGGCGAGGAGGAUGGAAAGCUGGGGUUGCAAGGAUUGGAGAGGAAGAGGGAUGGCAAAAUAAGACGGAGAGAUAUCGGGAGGCAGAACGGGACAGCAAAAGUGUAGGUGGAAGAACUGAAGCAGAUAGAAAAGAUAGGAAAAAGUGAUUGAAGAGGAUCGGGAGAAGAGGCCAAGUGGUGGAAGGUGGGAAAAGGAUGGGAGGAGAAAAGGAGGGGAAACACGGAAGAGAAAAUGUUAGUAGGGAGUGAGAAAGGCACAGGGGGGAGUGGAGUGGAAAGGUAUGGAAUGGGAAUUGUAUGGUGAGGUGGCUUGCAGUAAGGACAAGAGAGAGAUGAGGAGAGGAUGUGUAGAUUUCUGCACUGGGGAUUUACAGUGAGUGGGAAGAGAAGGACGGGGUAAGUCUCAAGGUCUGGGAAAAGUCUGUCCCUCACAGUGCUAUGACCAGUUUCAGGACUCUGGCUGGGGAACGGAGUAAAUCGAGCUGUGAUUUUGUCUCAUUGAAACCUUGGGGAAGUCGGUAAAGGAUCAGGCUCAACUGCAAAGCCCCUCGGAAAGGAAUAGCAGGAAAGCACUCAAUGGCUUAAAUGCUCGAAGGGCUGCACAUGACGGUUCAUGAAAAUGAAGGAAAAUCCAAAUGAACGGAUGGAGAAAAAGGCAGUUGCUAAGAUACAGCACAGAAUGCUCCCCUCAUCCUUUCCCUUUUAACUCCUCUCCACAUCCCUCCUCUCCAACUCUGUCACCCUUCCUCAACUUUUUUUCCUAUGUUAAUGUAAAUAAAGGGAACUUUUUUAGUUGAAUAAUGCAUUUCAGAGAAUUGGUGGGCAAUCAGUUACACCCUGAGAAUUUCACCUCUGGCUAGAGGGGAUCCUGGGUUCAAAUUCACCUUUCAAUGUCCCCGCACACUGUAGGAAAUGAGUUUGGCCAGUUUCAACCUCUGUUUAUUGGCAAUGAAACAAAACUGGCAAUUUCCUUUGGAAUGGUUUUAGGAGAGUU